AUGGCAAGCCGGCAAAUCACACGGCGCAUUAUCAGCAGCGCAGCGAUCGCAUUAUGUCUCGUCUUCUUCCUCUUCAUUCGACCGCAAGGGCCACCCAGCCCCGCCAUCCGCGCCCCGGGCCACAUCGAUCAUUCCGCACCCGUGACCGCGCCGGGGAUAAGCAUCCAAGAUAGCACAUUGAAGGGGGCGGUGGUGAUGCCCAAGCUGGGCAAUGAAACUGUCAAGUAA